AUGACUUGGGUGAUGGAGAACAAGAGUUCAACACCAGGGAAUAGAGUUGCUGUCAUCAACCUGAAGUUGCAAGAUUAUGGCAAGACUCCAUCAACAGAAUUGGAGGUUAAGUUUCAACUCUCAAGAGUUACAUUGGAGCCGAUGUUGAGGUCUAUGGCAUAUAUCAGUGAACAGCUCUCAACACCAGCUAACAGAGUUGCUGUCAUCAAUCUGAAGCUUCAAGACACUGAAACUACUACAGGAGAGUCAGAGGUUAAAUUUCAGGUAUCCAGAGAUACAUUAGGUGCCAUGCUGAGAUCGAUGGCCUACAUUCGCGAGCAGCUUUCAAAUUCUUAUGAGAACUUAGGCGCCUCAUUUGUUCUAUAUUCUUCACAAGUUUUGUUAGAAUUGAUCAAAGAUAGUUUAUGUUAUGCUAGUUCAAAUCCGUGUUGCUCUGCAUCUUCAUACAUUCUUUGGGAAAUCGAGAUCGAGGCAAGACUGUUGUGCAUGGCUUUGGAUUGGAUUUCAAUAUGGCAUCCUUGGAUUGUUUCAGCUGUUCGCAUCUGA